AUGAAUUUAAAACAUAAAGAACAGAGAACGCAGACAACAAAAUAUACAGGAUUUAGAAGUCCUGGUCAAGAAGAUAACAAUUCAUCAAAAGAAUAUAACAGGGAUAUAGAAAAGAAUAAUAGAAACAACGAAAAGAAAAACAACAAGAUGGAUGACAACAGACAACAGGAAAAACAAAGCGACAGUGACGACUUACCAGAUGACUUUGACGAGUUACAGAAAAUGCUAGAAAGAAAAAGAAUGGAAAGGGAACAAUUUAUGAGAGAACAAUUGAAAAAGGAGAUAAGACAAAUAAAUAAAGAGAUGCGACAGAGAAGAGAAGAAGCCAGGAGACGGGAGGAAAGAACAGCAAGCGAAAGUUCCGAGAAUCAAUAA